GCUGUUGAUGGAUCCGGCGCUCUCUUCGGAGUUCCUCUCCUUCCUGGCCCCGGGCACAAGGGCCGAUGUGAAGAGUCAGGCCCUGGAGUAUGUGCUGGGCGUGAGUGCUACACCCGAGGGGAGGCGGAGCCUGUGUCAGCUGCCGGGGUUACUGCAGGCUGUGCUGGAUGUGACCUCUGACCCCUCCUCUGUGGUGGUCCUGGACUCAUACCACAUCCUGGUGAACCUGACCUCUGACCCCUGCACUCACCGCGCCCUGCUGGACAUCCCCGCCCUAUUGCCCGCGCUCUGUGAGCGUCUGACCGACCCUCAGUAUGUGUACGCCGACUCCGCCUGCAGCGCGUUGUGUAACCUGAGCCGUGAGGAGGAGUCGUGCCGCAACGUGAUCGCCACGCUGAACGCAACGGGACUGGACAAACUGCUGGAGAUGAUCUGCAGCCCCCGAUACAACCCCGCCGCGGCCCUCCACUACCUGGGGCCCCUGAUGUGUAACCUGACGCAGCUGACGGAGGGGCGCAACUAUGUACUGGACCGGAGCAGGUGUGUGUUGCAGCGUCUCCUCCCGUACACUCACCUCCCGGGAUCAGUCAUACGUAGAGGGGGGGUCAUCGGGACCCUGAGGAACUGCUGCUUUAAUCAUG